AUGUCUUCAAAAUCUGCUACCAAUAAGGCUUACCAGAACGCGUUUGCCCUUUUUGACAAGCGUGGUACUGGAAAGGUAUCUCUGCAAGCCUUGGGAGAUCUACUGCGCGCAUGCGGUCAGAAUCCCACUCUUGCUGAGAUCGAUGAACUGGAGGAAUCUGUUGGAGGGGACUUUGAUUUCGACACUUUUCUUCAGGUUCUGAACAGACCGGAUGGCUUCCGACCGGCCGGUGAGCCGGAAGAUUACGUCCGUGGCUUCCAGGUUUUUGAUAAGGACAAGUCGGGCUUUAUUGGUGUAGGCGAGCUUAGAUACAUUCUGACUUCUCUAGGCGAGAAGUUGUCUAACGACGAGGUUGACGAAUUGUUGAAAAACGUCAGCGUCACUAAAGAUGGCAAUGUCAACUAUACCGACUUUGUUCGUAUGAUCUUGGCGAAUUGAGCGUUAGCGUCUAUAAUGUGUGACGGGUGUUCAGUGUGGAUGUGCUAUUGCUUUAUAUGGUUUCUAUUUCGGCUGCCGAUUGCUUUUUAUAUCUAACAGUAAUAUAUUUUCCUAUGUGUCUACUCAGUUGCGCACGGCUUGAGAACUACAACGGACUUCGUAGAUCAUCGGUUCCGUGGGAUUUCUUGGUUGAGCAAAAUAUAACAGGGAGUUAGUUAUUCACGACUAGUAAACUAUGAUCGAGCUAUAUUUGUGAUCUAAACUAUCGAGAUUUUCUUCAACAAUUUCUCUUUAUCUAUUUCUUCUCCUCGAGCGACUUCA